UGAAUCUUUACCUACUUGAAAUACCUACUUGAACUUUAAAUUUUACAAUACCCAUCCUUCGUCUCUGUCUGAUCACCAUUCUCUUCGCUUGAUAAUGCUCAAAGCUCUCAUUUUUUUGUUUCUGGGUCUCCCCUGGUGAUAUCUUCCCACUCUAGGUUUUAUCAAGUUCCAAUAUUGCUAAUCCACCUAUUGCAUUCAUUCACCGAUUAUCCGUGGGAUUUUCUUUUGGCCAAUAAACACGGAUGCCCACCUUUUUUCCCUCAGAUUCAGAGAAUUCCUUUUCCUCUUUUUCUUUCUCUUCCUUUAUCCUUGUAUUGCUUUCUGAUCUAAUUCUUACAUUAUCUUGCGUUUUACCUUUUAAAAGAGCGAAUAUCUUCACGUCCUCAAUCCCCUGUGGGUGGAAAUCCCUGUCAUCAGUCGUCCCACCUUCAAAAAACCGUUGCUUCCCUCUCUCUCUCUCUCUCUCUCAGAGUAGUGAGAUACGGAGAGAUAUAAUCAGCAGGAGUGUAGCUUUUUCAUAUUCCUCACUCUUUCAUUGAGAACCCCUUAUUUACUCAGGGGGAUUGAAAAGAAAGAAAUAAUUUUGGGAAAAAUAAGGAAAAGGAUGGAUUUUUCCAAGUGGGUUUUAUGUUUGGGGCUGUUGGGUUGUUCCAUUUUUGUUGUUCUCGUGGAGGGUCUUGGUGUGAACUGGGGCACGAUGGCCACUCACGAGUUGCCCCCGAAGACAGUAGUGCAAAUGUUGCAGGACAAUGGGAUCAAGAAGGUGAAGCUUUUCGAUGCCGAUCAGUCCACCUUGGGCGCCCUCGCGGGAACCAACAUUGAGGUCAUGGUCGCGAUUCCGAACAACCAGCUCGCCGCCAUGAACAGCUAUGACCGGGCGAAGCAGUGGGUGCAGCGCAACGUCACCCGGUACAACUUCAAUGGAGGAGUAAACAUCAAAUAUGUAGCAGUUGGAAAUGAGCCAUUUCUCUCAUCCUACAACGGCUCAUUCCUAAAUGUCACCCUCCCAGCACUUCAGAACAUCCAAAAUGCCCUAAAUGAGGCAGGGGUCGGGGACACUGUUAAGGCCACCGUACCGGUGAACGCUGAUGUGUACAACUCCCCCGCCAGCAAUCCCGUACCAUCCGCCGGGAGGUUUAGGAGCGACAUCAGCGAUCUCAUGACCCAAAUUGUCGAGUUCCUAGCCAAGAACGGCGCGCCUCUCACUGUCAACAUUUAUCCAUUCCUCAGUCUCUACGGUAACGACAACUUCCCCAUCAACUACGCCUUCUUCGAUGGGGCCACCCCAGUCGUGGACAAUGGUAUACAAUACACGAACGUGUUCGAUGCCAACUUUGAUACUCUAGUAUCGGCCCUUAAAGCAGUGGGCCUCGGGGACUUGACCCUCAUGGUGGGUGAGGUGGGAUGGCCUACAGAUGGUGACAAGAAUGCCAAUAUAGCUAAUGCAGUUAGAUUCUACAACGGGCUUAUGCCGAGGCUCGCAGCCAAUAAGGGGACCCCACUUCGGCCUGGUUACAUUGAAGUAUACCUUUUCGGCCUUAUUGAUGAGGAUGCGAAGAGCAUUGCCCCAGGAAGUUUCGAGCGGCAUUGGGGAAUAUUCCGCUACGACGGGCAGCCCAAGUUCCCAUUAGAUCUAUCUGGCCAGAAUCAGGACAAGUUCCUUGUUGCCGCUAAGAAUGUGGAGUAUCUUCCUCAGCAGUGGUGCAUGCUGAAUCCUAAUGUGAACGAUCUGAGCAAACUCGGGACGAACAUAAACUACGCUUGCACCUUUUCAGAUUGCACAGCUCUAGGAUAUGGAUCGUCGUGCAACAACUUAGAUGCCAAUGGCAAUGCGUCAUAUGCGUUCAACAUGUACUACCAGGCUCAGAAUCAGAACCCUCUCAGCUGCAACUUUGAAGGCUUGGCCACUGUCACGACGCAGAAUAUAUCGCAAGGCACGUGCGACUUUAUCAUCCAGAUCGCUGCUUCCUCUUCAUUGGGGCCUUCUUUGGUUGCUCUAGUGCUAUCGAUGGUAUUUGCAUUCCUUUUCCUAUAACCUUUUGUCCUUGUAGAUAACUCCCAUGUAUUAUCUCUUAUCUUUUGGUUUUCGAUACUCUCUUGUAUCCUCUUUUUUUUUUCCAUUGCUGAACCUAAAAAAGUUACGGAGAGUUCAUUUUUAGUUAAGAUUAACAAUGUGACGAUAGUUCAAUGAUUGGAUUGUGCAUACUUUGAA